CUUACAACACUCGGCUCAGCCACAGCAGAAUCGAUCUUUGAACAGUGCUUGUAAGUGCCCAUGCUGAGCACUGGGUGUAGAUAGUGUCUGAUGCUGACUUUGAUUAGCAUCAACAAUCCUUCCCAGAAUACCACAACAUCAGACGAUUCAUCAUGGGCUUCUCCUCAGUUCUCAAAGCUGUCCUCUUCCUUUCUGCUCUUUUGAGCUUCGUCUCCGUCUCAUUAGCACUGGGCCAGGGUCAAGUCGUCCACAAGUGCCCAUACGACGUGUGGUGUGCUGUUGUCACAGGGCUUCCUUCGGACAUCAAGCGCGAUGCCUCACCAGUCGACUGGGUACAGCAAGCACCAGGCCAGCUGCUCAUCUCCGACUUCUCCAACGUUGCGUCUGGUGAUGGUAUUGCCAUGAUGUGCACCAGAAACCCCGGCGCAAGUCCAGUGUCCGUCACUCAGCUUGAAUACACCUGGACUGAGCCACAGACAUCGUUUGAUAUCAGCAUUGUUGCAGGCGAUCCAUUCAUCAACGAGGGUUUCAGCAUGACCGCCACAGACCUUGCGCCGCAGCCACAAUUCAGCAGCAGCUGUCGAAAUGCCUAUUGUGCUCCUGGCGACGCAAACUGCAACGACGUGUACGACAAGUCGAACGACGACUAUCAAGGAAUGCGCACCUGCUCGAAUGAUGUUGUCAUCAACUUGACCCUGUGCUCCGGUUGACGACGGUCUUGCUGGCUUUAGACAGGGGAGGCGCGAUCCAGAGCACGAAACAGUGAAAUGACUGUGUGAGAGUAUCAGGCCGAUCUUAUGGGGCGGACAGAAGUGCAAGCUUCAGACCUUCGGCGGCAUCACACAAUGAUGACAGGGAGAUAUGCGAUCUCCGAUCAUUGGCGACAGACAUGUUUUGGGUAUCGUGGUAACAGGGGGUGGUUUUUAAGAC